AUGAAUAAUUUGUCAUACACUAGCACUUUCCAAGCCUUCACUAAAUUAGUCAACCUUACUGCUACAACAACUCAAAACAGUCUGACCAAGACACCUUCUUUCAACAAGGCAUUUGGCAUGCUACAAACAAAGACCACUCCAAGAAAAUUCCUCUUGUUUGAUUAUAGCAAAACCAAUCUUCUGCCAGUUUCUAGUUUCACAACUCUUAGGCCACAUGCAAGGAGAGAAUCAGGCUUUGGUAAAUCCUCAACUAGAAUGACAGACAAAGUAUUAGAAAUACUAUCAAACAAGCCAAACUUACUACUAUGCCUCUGGAAAGUUAUUGCAGUCAGAAACUAUACCGACCUUAUCAAAUUUGGCUACAAGAAUCUUAAAGCAAAUAUGAAGUACAACAAGGAAGAACAAACUUUGUAA